CUGCCGGUGGCGAAGUCUCCUUAGUUUUCAAUCGCGCACCGUAGUUUGCACCGAAACGCUUGUUGCUUCUGUGUUUUAGUAGUUUUCUUUUGCAUCGAAAAAAAAGUACUAGUACGCGCCAUCGGCGUGAUUCUGUGUGUUUGUGUUGUUCAUCUGCAAAGCUUCUGCGCCUCUGCGACAGCACUGUGCCUUUGCGGUGACUUUGAGACAGCAUUCUCGAAGCAGGAGAUCGGGUAAAGCAGCGCCGUUGGAAGUGUUUUGUGUCUGUCGUCUGCUUGAAUGGAUGCAGACGACGGUUGUGUGGGUGCCCUUCUGGUGUGCUUCCGCUGGUUUCAAUCGGUCUAAUUUCGUGUAAGGAUUCAUAAACAAGGCGCAUCGAUGUCGAGGAGGUCCGUUUCGUAUCAACGGCCAAGCAGCGGUGGAGGCUACGGAAGCAACUACAGUGGAUCGCCAAGAAACUCUCUCUAUGGAGCGAGUCCCACGUACAGCGGCCGUUACGGCUCCUCCGCGACGGGCCUGACACCGAGCCUCAACCUGUACUCCUCCAGUUACAAACCUUCCUCGGGAUACACGUCCGACUAUGGCAAGAGUGGCUACGGGUCUGACUACGGUCACAGCCGACCACUAUCCGGAGGCUACGGCUCCGACUACGGCAGAUCUGCUGGUUACACGUCCGAUUACGGAGCCAACAAAAACGCCGGCUACAUAUCAGACUACGGACGAAGUGGCCACACCUCUGACUAUGGCAGAGGAAGUGGUGGAUACACUUCGGACUACGCUAGGGAGCAUACGACGCCUUCCUACGGUAGGCAAGGCAGCUUCUCGUACCAAGCUCCCACAACGGGAUAUGCAUCGUACUCUAGGAGUAUGAGCCGGGACGAGGGUUCAUCUUUCAGAAGACCAAGCACCGGAAGCGUGGCGAACGCUGUCAAGAUGUUCGCCAGCCUUCCACGGCAAGACAACGCAACGAAGCCGCCGGUCGGCCGCUCCAUGUCCGUGUACGUCAGAAGCACGAGUAGGGAAGAUAGACCACCGUUAUACAGACAGCCCUCUAGAGAGACUUCUAGGAGUGUGCGGAGCAGUCGUCAGAAGACGCCGAGUCCGCCAAAGACCGCUGCCCCUCUCACCAGGUCGGAGUCCAAGGGACGCGGAGGUCUGGCCCCCGCAGAUUUUACGUCAGAUGAAGACUCGGAAGAAGAGGAAACAGAAACGGAUGAAGACGAAUACGUGAUUUGUAGAGCUACGUCACCGUUCCAAGAAAAGAGUACGGCUCCGCCAGGAGCGCAAGCGUCGAUAUCGUGUACCGUGAAAAUGCCAAAACCGAUUACCAGGCAGGAGACGGUCGCGAAACGAUCCUUCGCGCAGCAGGUCAGGUCCGCGGACUUGGAAGCCCCAACUAAGUUUAACAGUCCUCGCAGGCCAACGUCGCUGGGAUCCGCCAUUCCGAGGACGUCUUCAAGAACGGCGGCAAGUCCGACGUCGACGAGGUCCCGUAGUCUUACCGGAAGUCCUUCGACGCCUAGAUUGUUCCGAUCUCCGUCGAACUCGAAGAUACCCAUUCUAAACAGGUCCAACAGGUCCAGCAUCAACAAGUCAUCUCCCAGCCCCACACGUAGUUUACCAUCCGAUCAUAGAAUUUCACCAUCUUCUAGACGAAGUCCGCCGUCUUGUGCGUCACUGAAGACAUCCCCUCAGACUUUGAGGCGAGAACUCGUCCCCGCACAGAACGACAUGUCGGCGGAUGCAACGAACGAAGUCGUGAACAAGGACUUCCGCAAAUCUGUUCUCAACAUGAACCUAGACGAGAAGACGCUGGAAGAGUACCUAAGGCGGCAAGAGGAAGAAAGAAGACGACACGGAGGUCAGGAAGGAGACGUCAGGGCGGAUGAGGAAGAGGCCACGACGACGUCUUCAGAGACCACAUCUGAGGAGAAGCCGCUUUCAAGGUCGGCGUCCAAAGUUAUGCGGACCAGUUCAAAAACGAAACUGGUAGAGGGUGACGUAAGAAGGAGUAACUCCAGGACAAUCGUAACGCGAAGUCCGUCACAGAACAGGCUCUUCAAGAAGGGCAGUAGGGACAACAUGUUGGCAGGCGGGAACAGUUCGGACAGAAUUUACGAGCGUUCCAGGAAUGGCUCCGCUGCGAAUGUGAUAGAUGGGACGACGACAGCGACCUCGGACGAGGAGGAUGACAGCUGCAGGCAAAGGUUGCGACUUCGGAGACGACGCAAGGGGUCGAAAGACGACGUCUUAGAGGGCGAACGAAGUCCUCGAGGACGCGGUUCCAAGGAACGCGUCUUAGACGGGCCAUUUACGGUCGCACCUUCCCCGCGUUCGUCGAGCACCAAUAUCCCAUCCGUGGUGCUCGCCAAGGAAAGGUCCGAGUAUGAGCGACAGGACUCUUCCAGCAGUUGUAUGACUUCGUCGUCUUCCGACGCUGGCGAGAACGACGCAGUUGCUCCACCCGAGGUCAAGAUUACGGCGCACACAAGCGGCGAAGAAGGCGAACGAGGUGACGAUGAGACCAGCGAAGAAGAAACGAGUGAGGAAGAAGAAACAGACGAGGAUGAAGUAGCUAGCCUUGCCGUUACUCCUGUUCCCUUGGUGAGCAGCACGGAAGACAUAAAGGCAGUUCAGGCAGUCGAGGUCCCUAUUGAGAUUUGCGCGGACGAAGCUGAAGCAGAAAGCGAGGUCGAAGAAAAGAAGAACGAAAGCUCUUCGGAACAAUUGCAGUCUGAACAAGAAGAAAGCACUUCUGUAACGACAGACGAAGACCAUGAGAAGAUCGUGUCAAGGACAGGAGGCCAGGAGAAAGUUGUAUCGGAGACAGACGAAGAGGAGAAACAGUCAGCGCUGUCCACUGAAGAGGAAGUGUCAUCGGAAGCAGAAUCAGAAGAAGAAGUGAAGGGUGAAGACGAUGAAAUGGAAGGAAGAUGCAGUACUGCUAUCCAGCUAGACGAAUGUGUUACAGAGAGUGGUGAGAUUGCUGCUAAGAAUUUAGACGCCGAAGACAAUGUGGAGAAGGAGGUAGUAAGUGAGGGCGAACUGCGAUCUGCUUCCGAUGAGGACGAAGAGGAAGCGUCUAAAGAAAUCGAGGAAGGGAUGAUCGAGGGAGAAACUAAGGAAAUAUGUGACGCGACAAGUGACAGCGAGGAAGAAGAAAUACAAGUAUCGCAAAAACCUCCGACGUACGAGAAGACAUCUAGCGAGGAAGUGAGCUCCAGUGAUGAGGAAGACGAGGAAGAUGAGAAGAAGGAUCAGAAGGAUGCUUCCGCUCCGGUCACUCCAGAAGUGACGGCUGAAGCGUUACCAUUUGCGCAAAUGCUCAGUAAAACAGGCUCACAGACAUCCUUCUUACAGGGUGCCAAAAUAACCCCUGUGCAGACCCCCGUCGUCAGUCCGUCGCCACCUGUGUCUGGACUGACCUGUAGCCCAACUCUCUUAAUUCGCGCAGUUACGCCCAGCACACCUCCUGUCGCAUCGCCACCUGUUUUCACAACUGAUGCAAGUUCUACGCUUCUUAGCCCGUCUCCAGGGCUUUCCCCUUCAUAUAACCGUACAGCUAUGCCCUACAUUCGGCAACAGUCUAGUCAAGACAGUAUCGAACACGACGAGCGUGAUAGCACCGUUGCCGCAGAACCCUGUUCAUUAUCGCCAUCAAGUCAUCCCAUCAGCAGCUCAGUCAACAGAAUCGCGUCUCAGUUCGGAGGUGCUGCCACUACAACUGUCCAUGAAGCAACUAGGCCAAAGCCACCGUCCGUGCUGAACCUCACGCACACCACACUCUCACCAGCGCCGACGGAUACAGCACGUAGGAGUCCAGACACUAAGCAGUCGACGAGCCCAGUAAGACCAGCUCCUAUGACUGCAGAAGCAUUCUUAGACGCCUACAAAAAGAGUAGGGCUAUUCCGGUAUCCCCCGUAGCAACGCCUACUUCCACACUCUGGUCGCCACCUGGCAUUCCGGCAGGCGAGAAAUCAUGGUCCCUGAAAAGUCCAGAAAAAGAAACUGCUGCACUCAAUAAAUGUCCUAGCUAUACAGAGAAAGCCCAAGAAAGGGCCUCUCAGCCGUCCAUCACGACCCGAACUACCAGAGGCUGGUCUCCACCGAGCGUUCUUGCAGGCGAGAAGUCACGGAACGCCAGAAGCCCCGAAAAAGAAACUGUUCAACUCCACAAAAGCCCUAGUCAUACAGAAAAACCUCAAGCAGCAGUUUCUACGUCUUUGUUGUCACCACUUACGGUGUCGACAUCGCCGCCGUACGCUCACCCUCCGAGUCCUAAGCCACUCGUUCGUCACACUACGCCUGAGCCAGCAUCGAAGGUUGACAGCACGCCUGCAAAGAGCGCGGAAGCAAUUCUAAGCGAGUACAAAAAAUCGCAGCUGCUCCUUGCGUCGUCACCAGUGGCAGCUCCACAGCCGACUACUCCAGGUCGGGAAGCAGGCAGGCAAAAAAGUCCCGAGAAACCUUCACCUGAUACAACGCAACAGACAGCAGGCAGUGGAUUCGGAUAUAGACGAUUCAGAGUCCCUCCUGUUGGUUCAUCUUCAUACACAAGACCAACAAGUCCGGUACGUUCCAGGCAAAGACCUCAGGACACAUGCACGACCGCAGCGGCUGAAGCCAAAGAUGUUAAACCGGAAGGUUAUCGACGUUCCCGUGUCGCUCAGCCAGAAUCAUCACCCAGUCCAACAGCGACACGCAGUCUUGCGAAAAGUCCCGAACGUAACGUUGUUCCAAGAUCCCGGACAGCAGCGGCAACGCAGAUAUUUACCGGAACUUUGCCUCACGAGAACAAGCAGACAACACCUGUCACUCCGUUCUCUGGUUCAGUUCGCAGUCGGCAGAGACCCGCUGAAGCAGCACCGGUUUCGCCUGGUGUGCCAGCCCCUACGGAACAGAAGCCGCAGGUACCUGAAACCGCACCGUCCACGAGCUCUUACAGCCGAUUUAGACGUAGAGAACCGGAAAAGCCAGCUACCACGACGGCACCUGCUGUCAGCGCACCACAACAAGCAGCGAAGGUGGCUCCUGCUGCACAAUGCAGCCAAGCGCAGAAGUCGCAGAUACCUGGCAGCCAAAAUAGUACCGUAGCUCAGACCACUCCACCACAGAAACCACCAGAACCAACAAUUAAUACCGCGACGCGGCAGAAGACUGCGGAAGAUUUCCUAAAGGACUACAAACAGUCGAGAGACGCCCUUAGCAAGAGUGAUUCUUACAGCCACAUUAAGAGUCCAUCAGUACUAGCGGCACAGAAGAAUUUCCUGGGCAGUGAUACGGCGCCACUUUCGGCAGCUCCUAAAACCCAACCUACCGUUGUGACGCCAAAGCCUCCAGAGCCCCACAAGAAACCGCAAGACCCUGUACCACUCGUUCAACUCACUGUGCUUCCUGCACAGGCACCGAAGACUGCCGCCAUUCCCCCGGCUCUCAUACCAGCACCUACACCACGUACCGUCCCAACUCAGGAAGCUAAAACACCUACCUACAGACAGGCCUCUAAACCGUCGCCGCCAUCGGCUCCACAACCUCUCAAAACCACAGUACCCACACCAGUGCCCCCGACAAGAACAACACCUCAGGCAAGACCCUACGGACCGGGUGUCUCACCUGUACCGACAGUACCUAAGCCGACCAUCCCGCCUGUGCGUAAACCAGAGGAACAGAAGCGUGCCAGUACACUGCCUAGAUCCACAGGAGCACGUGCAAGAACAGCGACGCCAAGCGGUUCGACUACGUUACCUAGACAACCAAAGAAGCAACAAACGAAGUUCAUUGGUACCUGCAAGGAUAUUGACUCUUUCUUAGAAUACGGCGACGAACCCGAAACCUUCGAAGAAUUCGAAGAUAAGUUCGAAAAAGCAACGGCGACUCCAGAACCGAAGCUCUUCAUUGGGAAGUUUAAAGAUAUCGACGAUAUGCUGGGAGCGCCGACCAUGGAAGUGGGAAAGAUAAGCGCUAGCAUUAAGGCAAAGUUCGAGAGGGACCCCAGGAGAAGAGGCGAGAGUGAAAGUGAAAGUGAUACGGACGAUUCUCUGGAAGAGGUCACUGUCAACGCGGUAAAGGUACACGAGUCUAGACAACCGAUGAGGCCACAGUGGAGACCGCAGGAGAUUGAUGCCAGUGCAGUGAGGAUAAGGCAGCCCAACAUGAUGCAAGGACAGAUAACCAGGCGGCCCAGGCAAAAGCUGGAUGACUGCACACUACAGCUGUACAAGUUCAGCGACGCCGAGGGGGAUUAUGGGACGUACUUGGACCUCGAAUCGACCAUCGACGAGCAGAAUGACGACUUCGAAGGAUUCCUCGACAAUCGCAAGAAUGCUGUCCUUCUUCGAACGCAGCUCUCUGUUCGGGUCCAUGCCAUCAUCGAGAAACUGCUCAAUUCCACGGGACGGGAGCUGAGAAGGGCCCUGUUCUCGUUGAAGCAAAUAUUCCAGGAUGACAAGGACCUGGUUCAUGAGUUUGUGCAGAACGAUGGCCUGGCUUGCCUCAUCAAGGUGGGGUCGGAGGCCGACCAGAAUUACCAAAACUACAUCCUCAGAGCUCUCGGUCAAGUCAUGUUGUAUGUAGAUGGCAUGAAUGGCGUGAUUGAGCACAGCGAGACGAUACAGUGGCUCUAUUCGCUCAUUGCGUCCAAGUACCGGCUAGUGGUGAAGACAGCGUUGAAGUUAUUGUUAGUGUUUGUAGAGUACACAGAGACAAACAGUGCCCUGCUCAUGAGUGCUGUCAAUGCUGUCGACAGUGAACGAGGCACUAAGCCCUGGUCCAAUAUAAUGACACUUCUGAACGAAAGGGAUUCAGCCGAUAUGGAACUUCUAGUCUACUCAAUGACGCUUAUGAAUAAGACGUUAAAUGGAAUUCCGGACCAGGACACAUAUUACGACAUUGUGGACUCUCUGGAAGAGCAGGGCAUGGAGCGUCUCAUCCAGCACUACAUGUCCAAGCAAGGCACAGAUUUGGAUCUUCUUCAGCAGUUCAAGAUAUAUGAGGCUGUGUUGAAACACGAGGAUGGAGAUGGAGAUGGAAAACCAUUACCAAUGGACAUUAGGGUUAGUAGACAAGUUCCUAGAAGUCGCAAGCUGAGCAGUGACGAAAACGAGAGGAGAAAGAGCAGACGACACUCACUGGGCAACCUGGUGCCCAGCACGACGUCCUUCAAGCCCAGAACCUCACCGCUGGCGAAGACGCCGGAAAACACAACCCAAGUCAGCACGCCUUCUCCACAGUGGAGGAGAAGGGAUGUCAACCAAAAUGAAGAAUCCCUGAAGAACGCCAACCACCAAAAGAACCACAUCCCGCUUAACGACGAAGAGCCAGAAAUUGACGACGUGGUGAAUGGCAUCACGCCGGCGUUGAGGCGGAGGCGAGAACGGGAUGCCAGGAACAGGUGUCUCAUCAAGGAGCAGGAGGAGAACAACAGGGACAUCAUCAACGUCCCUGAGACGCCCGUCAACCGGGUCAGCCAUGUUGCCGAAAAUCACGUGCAGCACGGUGAGAACCAACGUAGAUCAUGUCCUUCCUUAAUCGAGCGCACCAGGUCCCGGUUUGAAAGUCGUAUCGAAGAUGAGAACCAAAAGAACCAGCAACUGUCUCAGCAAAUGCAGAACAAGGCGCAGCAGCAGCAGCAGCAGGUUUCCACUGCAGCACAGCAGCGGCAGAGGCCCACUAGCUUACACAUAGAACAGCACAAGCCACCGCCAUUCCCAUCUCCAACUGUGCCCAAGGUGGACCAGGUUCCAAACAAGUCUCCGCAGCCAUACGUCAGUCCCCUGCAGCCAAACAGGGCAGACCCCAACAAGAAGUCAUGGAUGUUGUCAAUGAUGUAUGGAAAGAAUCAAGAGGAAGAAAACUCCAGGGAAGAGGAAGUGGUUCAUCCACCGCAACAGAUGAAACGCGAAACCGUGCGGGAGGUGCAGGGGCGCAUGUUCAACCGCAACGCGGAGCCUCCCCUCCGCUCCCCGACCUCUGAGCCCAUCACUGACACCAGCGGCAUCGUCAGUCGAGCCAAGGAAGGGCUGGCCGCCUCGCGGGUUCCUCGCACCGACCUCCGCGCCCUCAUCCCUCAGUCUUCCUCCGCCUCCAUCCCGGACUUGCUCUGGAAGUCCGACAACGACCUCCAGUGGGAGCAGCUGGUCAAGUCCAUCCGGAGACCCCUCCUCAUUAACGACCUCGACUUCACGGACCUGCGCGACGACGACGAUGCGGACAUCCUGGCAACACAGCCCCUGACAAACGGCGCCCCUCCGCCGUUCGGAUGUCCUCCGCCCCCGCCGCCCCACAUCAACGGACCUCCUCCACCUCCUCCGUUCAUGAACGGCCCCCCGCCGCCACCACCGCCCAUGAGUGGUCCUCCUCCGCCCCCACCUCCAAUGGGGGGCAGGGGGCCCAUGAUGAACGGGGGGCCGCCUCAGCCACCGUGGAUGCAGAGGCAACAGGCCCAACAGGCGCCGGUGCAAAACACGAUAGCGAAAAAUAAGAAGACCGUGAAGCUGUUCUGGAAGGAGGUCCGGGUCGACCCGAACAUAGUGUCGAAGACGCCGAAGAAGAAGACCAUUUGGGACGAGCUGGGACGUGUCCCAGUGGAUACGCAGAAGUUGGAGCAUCUCUUUGAGAACAGGGCAAAGGAAGUGCUCAACAGGAAAAACCAGGAAGGAAAGAAGACGGAGAUAAUUGUGUUGGAUGCCAAGCGUUCCAAUGCCAUCAACAUCGGCAUGACCAAGUUGCCUCCUCCGCGUACAAUCAAGACGGCCAUCCUCAAGAUGGACAGCACCAUCAUGAGCAAAGAAGGAAUAGAGAAAAUUCUGACGACUAUGAUGCCCAGUGAAGACGAAAAGAACAAGAUAAUGGAAGCGCAGAUGGCAAAUCCUGACAUUCCGCUGGGCAAUGCGGAACAGUUCCUUCUCACCCUGGCCUCCAUCACAGAGUUGGAGGCUCGACUCAGGUUGUGGGCGUUCCGACUGGACUAUGACGUCAUGGAGAAGGAGGUAGCAGAGCCUCUGAUGGACCUGAAGCAAGCCAUCGUAGAAAUUGAAGGCAACCGGACCUUUCGCAUCGUCCUUGCUACGCUCCUCUCCAUUGGAAACUUCCUCAACGGUGCUGAGGUAAAGGGUUUCCAGAUCGAUUACCUGUCCAAGGUUCCCGAAGUGAAAGACACGGUGCACAAGCAUUCCUUGCUACACCACGUCUGCCACAUGGUCAUGGAGAAAGAUCCAAACACAACCGAUCUCUACUCUGAAAUUGGAGCUGUCACCAGGAGUUCCAAGGUUGACUAUGACGAAGUAGCCAAGAACCUGGGAAAGAUGGAAAGUGAUUGCAAGGCUUCCUGGGAGCACCUCAAGGUUAUUGCCAAGCACGAUGGCUCCGCCAUGAAAGUCAAGCUUUCAGAAUUCCUAGCAGACUCUGCAGAAAGGAUAGUCGUCCUAGGUAUUAUUCACAGGAGGGUCAUGAACAGGUUCCAGAAGCUGCUGGUGUACCUUGGCUGCCCGACCCACGCCAUCAAAGAGACCAAAGUGCAGCAGGUGUGCAAGACCAUCAGUGAGUUUGCCCUUGAGUACCGCACCACGCGGGAACGUGUCCAGCAGCAGCUCGAGAAGAAGGCCAAUCACAGGGAACGGAACAAGACGCGUGGGAAGAUGAUCACAGAUACCGACAAGUUCCGUGUGACCAAAGAACAACAGGCUGACCAAGAGUUGCGCCAGCUGCUUGGAAACUCCUCCGAUCUGGACGACUCCAAGGGCAGCAAGUGGGGCACCAUCCCUGGGAUGAGGGUCAGGCCUAGGGUACCCGCUGGUCCCGGUGGAACCCUCGGUCGACACUCAACACCUAACCGCGACGACAACAUGACGGAUGCGGAUGACGAAAUCCUCGAGAGCCUCGUGAAGACAGCGACGGCGAAGCCAGGCCAGAACGAACCGCGCUUGCGUAAGAAGGCACGUUACGGCGACCGAAAGUCUUUGCGCCGUACCCUCAAGAGUGGACUGGACCUGUCGGAAGAGGAGCGUCGAUUCUUGACGGCAAUGUCCUCGUAGUCAGCUGCAAGUCACAGGAUCGAGUCUUUCAUCGGAAAUGUCUGUUGUGUCACAUGACAUGCACACUUAGGACGGUUGUUUUUUUAAAUGAGACGGUGUUUCCCGCACUCACUCCUAGCUGUGACAUAUCGGUGCUACAUAUUUACUAGCUGACACCUUCUUCAAAUUUAGAUAGUAAUUCAAAUUAAAGGGCCACUAAGGUGAAGAAAUUUCUCAGUGCGGAAUCAAAGGUGCCUUUACUCUGACUCGAGCGGGAAGAGAAUUCAUUGCGUUGUUUGUGAUUCGUUUAUUUUUAUUUUAUUUUUAUUUUUAUUUCGUAAUACUGCUGACUCUUCUAGGAGCCGUAGCAAGAGCAGGUAUAUGACAACAGUAUGUUUUGUGCAUAAAGAGACACAUGCUACUAAUUCCACUACAAUCUACCUGUGUGAAUUCGACAACAUACAGCAGCAACUAUGAGUGAAAGAAAGCGCAAUUUACGCUUUCCUCAGAUUGACCUCCUCAAAGUGACCUCCAGCGACGAUUUGCACAAAUUGUUUGAGAAGGAGAGUCUAAAUAACCAUUUAUUUCACUCAUAAAUCACAAACGACACAACUUAUGAAUCCCUUUCCCUCUGUAGUGGUGUCAGAGUAGAGUCAUAUUUCGCUCUGCAAGUUCGAAUUUUUGCGCUUCAGUGCCCCUUUAAACGCGACUGCACCGUCAGUCUUUUAACUGUCGUUGUAACUUCAAGGUAAUAGCCCGGUCACUAUCUGCAGAGCUUCCUGGGAGUCUAGGACAGCUUGGGGUCUAUGUGGGUCUAUGUGAAUCCGUGAGAUAGACCGAAUCGUGUCACAGCUAGUUCAGUGCAGGUGUUUCUUUCUCCCUCUCUCUCUCUCAACAGCAUGUGGUAUGACAUUCUUACGUUACGUUACUGUUCCUAUGUCCCUUACUGUUACGUUUACUUUUCUUAUGUCUUUUACUUUUGCGUUUACUUUUCCUACGUCCUUCUCACGGGAUCUCAUCCAUCGAGCAGGCACCAAGUGCUGAAUCUUCAGAUAUUUGAUUAUGUUUUGCUGUUUUUUUUUUCCUAAAAAUUAGUGUCUCUGAUUGGAAAGUUUACUUUUUUUUACGUAGACACAUGGCUGCAAAAGUGAAACUAAUAGAUCUGUGACGAGUUUUUUUCUAUGAGCACGCAAAUCAUUACCUUCAUGAUGCCUCGAACCACGACUGAGACUGCUGUAAUGUGACUUUGUGGUUUUGAAACUUCUGUGAAAAAAAAAAAAAGCUUCUGUGUUCUUGUGAAAAAAUCUGUGGGAAAGGCUAUGCCAUUUCAGAAUACUUUGAUUCUAUGGGUUAUUCUGGUUUACUCUUGGAAACGUGAGCAGCCAGGUGCACUACAAUGUAAUUUUCUCGUUCAUGAUAUAUGUUCUCUUGUGUUGCACAUUUCAUUUACAUGCAACACACCGCAUGAUCACAAUUGUAGUGGUGUGCAGAUGUGUGUGUGUGAACUAGUAAUAUUGAACAAGUAAAACAAGAAACAAAGACCUGUGUUAGUUCUCAGCAGAAUUUUCUGUUGGGCCAAAAAUGUUACAUGUGCGGCAUUUUCGUUUAACUUUUUAACGUUCAAAAUUGGCUUGUACUCUGUGCAUUUUGCUGUUGACGCACAUACUUUUUUCUGCCUCAGUCGCUUUUCUUUUUCCUUUCUCUUUUCUUUUUUUUUUUUGGAAGUUUUUACCAGUGCUGUUGUUUGUAAAUAUAUUGUAAAGUGGUGAAAUGUCUCCUCUACACACCCUUUUUUUUGAAUUUUUUUUCUCCUUGCCAUUAUUGAAACAAAAAAGAGAAAGAUGUUCAAAGCCAAACGGUGCCUAAAUGCUUGCGACGGACAAUUUAGAAAUACGUAUGCAAAGAGCUCGGUGUGUCCGCACAGAGACAAUGUCAACGACGUUCUUUCAAAACCGUUUGCUCGUAAAGUCGUACCUUAGAUAUAUGGCUGGCCACAUUUAGGGCCUCGGCAGCACAGAAAUACUUUUUUCUACAACCCUGUCAACAGCCACCGUAACGGAGAUAGAUAAAUACACGCACGAUAUAAAAAUACGUUUUUGGGGUAAUGUAUGGACUUUGAUACAGCAUCUUUGAAGUGUUCAGUGUUAAAAUUUAGAUGUGACAUUAAAAACAAAAUUAUGUCCCAUCUAUUGAUUGCCAUUUUUAUGGUGCCCAUGAACAGCAGUUGCCUAGGCGAUGGUGCACCCCAAAUCUGUAGCUGCUGCUGUAGCCUCAUGUGAUUUCGUGGACGACACACUCUUUCCUGCAGAAAUCCUGUCGUUGACUUCUCAGUGCGUUUCUAAACUGACGUGGCUGCAUCCGGACCCCAAAGUUCGCCAGGGGUUGUCGGACGGAUUUCUUAAGGUGCUGGCCACUUUUGUUUUGCUCAAGAUAACCUCUACUAAGAGCUUUCCCCCUCUCUCUCUCAAUUUUUUUUUUUCAUCAAGGAUUGUUAUCUCUGUGCGGACACACAAUGGGCAGAGUGAGAGAUAUUAUUUAUUGUGCUGCUCUAGGGUUUUUUUUAUUCCGUCUUUUGUUUUUCUUGUCUCGUGAUAAUCUCUGCAUGACUUGCAAACCCGAGAAGAAAAAAAAUCUCGAAUAGAUUGUCCUGCUUUCUGGAAUCGAGGACAAGAUGCUUUUCUGUCCGCUACUUAUCGGACAUCUCGUAGUCACACCUGAACUGCUACAUCCGGAUUCUGCGUUUAUUACCUUAUUUACUUGCGUGACUAACUCACCCACUUUGGGGUGCUCAAAUGUUGGUAAUUCCCCCUCCCCUCCCUUUCUGUAUUUAAAUGCAGGGGCACGUAACACAUUGAUCGCGGGGGUGCAAGAAAACUUGGUAACGUCAAACAGCGACGAGACAAAAAAAAAAUUGAAAGUUAUUGGCUGGUAUGUGGGUGG